CCCGCCGCCCAUUGUUCCGGAAUACUCCUCCCCUGCUUCUGCUCCCAAACGGGAAGUCGGGGUCGGGAGAGCAGGAAGUACUCCGCCGUACUGCGCUGCACUGAAGGACAGUGUGGUGCGAAGGGAGUUUUGCUGUGUGUGGGUUUGUGUGAUGUGAGGGAAAGACCAGGACACCAACUAAUGACGACGUCAACGGUAGACCCGACUACGAUGCUGCUUCUGCCACUGCUGGUCCCUGCAAUGAUGGAUCGAUUGUAUUAGUGUGGUUUCCCUACACCACCCCCUUAACCCGAGACCACCCUCUUCCCAAGUGGGUUUUCCGGGCGGCCAUUCGUCAGCAGUUGUCAACGGCGAGUUAAAGUGCGAAACGUUGCUGCAGCUUGUUGCGCUCCACAACAGCUGUCAGCUUGCAAACUUCAAAACCUCGUAAAAUUAGACCGCACUCUACCGGCGCAAGUGAAGGAGUCCUGUAAGCAAAUCCAGAACCGGAAGGGAAAAUCGAUACGCGAGUGAACUGAAGAUUGUGUGUGUGUGUGAGAGAGAAAGAGUUUAACAACAAACAACAACCGCACACUCUCCAUUCUGGGAGGAAAAUUCCCACGGAAGAAAAAGAAGAAGAAGAAGAAGGUGGGUGGUGCUGGUACAGUGGUGGGUGGUACACAAGAGUGAUAAUUAAGAGCGAAACAAGCUAUAGCUACUGUAGGUGCUACUACUCUCAUCAUCAUCAUCAUCCUUCAGCCGCAGUCAACCAGCAUCCAGGUCAACGCCGGGCUGAAAAGCGGGCUGCAAAUCUUCGGGCCAGAUUAGUGCUAAUAACCGGCCAUAAAAAUGUACGGAUUUGUGAACUACGCGCUGGAGCUGCUGGUGCUGAAAAACUUCGGAACAAACAUAUGGGAACAAAUAAAGAAGCAAGCUCAGGUCAACAUGGAGGGCCAAUUUCUGGUCCGCCAGAUCUACGAGGACGACAUCACGUACAACCUGAUAGAGGCUGCCGUAGCCAUACUGAACAUUCCCGCCGGCGACAUCCUCGAGCUGUUCGGCAAGACGUUCUUCGAGUUCUGCCAGGACUCCGGCUACGACAAGAUACUCCAGGUGCUAGGCGCUACGCCGCGGGAUUUUCUGCAGAACCUGGACGCCCUGCACGACCACCUGGGCACGCUGUACCCGGGAAUGCGAGCGCCCUCGUUCAGGUGUACGGAAACGGACGGCCAACUCGUGCUGCACUACUACUCCGAACGGCCCGGCCUGGAGCACAUCGUGAUAGGUAUCGUCAAAGCAGUCGCCUCGAAACUCCAUGGAGUGGACGUGGAGAUCAAGAUCAUCCGGCGGAAGGGUGAUCCGAUCGAUGACAAGCCAAAAUCAGCACCGCCGGUGCAACCCGUGCCAACGCCGAUUCCCGUAGUUCCAGCGGCGGCAACGCCAACCGUAGUAGACAACAGACCAGUUCCUAUCUUCAUCUCCGCCGACCCGGCUGCCGCCGAGUUGGCCAACCUAGGUGGACCCGUCACGGCAGCGACCAGCCCGGCCAAGGUCGAACUGUACGACCACUUUCAGUUUCUGAUCACGGAAAUCUCCGGCCCAAAAACGCCCACCCGAAGGAGCGAGGAGAAGGAACAGCAGGCAGACUUCCAGCUGGUAGCCAAAGGUACACGAAUUCACCACAAGGAUCGCUGCACCCCAAUGAUCUCACCAACGACGUUCUGCAAGGUGUUCCCCUUCCACCUGAUGUUCAACCGGGAUCUGAUCAUCGUGCAGGCCGGCAGAUCGGUGUCGCGAGUAAUUCCCAAAAUCUCCGAGAAGAACUGCCACCUGCUGACGAUCUUCGAAGCGGUUCGGCCGCACCUGCAGAUGAGCUUCGGCAACAUUCUGUCCCACAUCAACACGAUCUACGUGCUCAAGACAAAGUCGGGCGUGAUGUCGAUCAGCGAGCGAUACCUAAGACUGAAGGGUCAAAUGAUGUACAUCCCCGAGUCGGACCUGAUCCUGUUCCAGUGCUACCCGAGCGUUAUGAACCUGGACGAUUUGACCAAGAAAGGCCUCCACAUCUCGGACAUCCCGCUGCACGACGCGUCCCGUGACCUGGUGCUGCUGUCCGAAAAGUUCGAAGCAGAAUACAAGCUGACCACCAACCUGGAGAUCCUGACGGACAAGCUGCAGCAGACGUACCGCGACCUGGAGAGCGAAAAGUCCAAAACCGAUCGGCUGCUCUACUCGGUGCUACCGAAAACGGUCGCCAACGAGCUGCGGCACCAGCGGCCGGUUCCCCCGAAGCGGUACGACAGCGUGACGCUCAUGUUCUCCGGGAUCGUGGGCUUCGGGCAGUACUGUGCCGUUAACACGGACGCCGAAGGUGCCAUGAAGAUCGUCAAGAUGCUCAACGAGCUGUACACGAUCUUCGACGAGCUGACGGACUCGAAGAGCAACAGCAACAUUUUCAAGGUGGAAACGGUGGGCGACAAGUACAUGGCGGUGUCGGGGCUGCCGGAUGAGUGCGAGAACCACGCCAAGUGUAUAGCGCGGCUCGCGCUGGACAUGAUGGACAUGGCGCGGAACGUCAAGAUGGGAGCGGAGACGAUGAAAAUCACCAUCGGUAUUCACUCGGGCGAGGUCGUCACGGGGGUGAUCGGCAACCGGAUGCCCCGGUACUGCCUGUUCGGCAACACCGUCAACAUCACGAGUCGAACGGAGACCACGGGCGUGCCCGGCCGGAUCAACAUCAGUGAAACCACGUACAAGUAA